UGCGUGGAGGCAACGAAUGUCUCUGUCAAAGCAAGCAUCUGUGCUCAAUUUACUUUUGCAUGCAAGCUUACUUUUGCACUCUUGGAAUAAUCAUAUACCAAAAUCAUUGGCCUAGCCUCUUGCUCUUGCUCUUGCUCAAACUCUCUCGCUCUUGCUUUUCUGGGUUUGAACUUUGAUUUCUCAUCUGCUUUUCUCAACUGAGCAGUUAUGGCUGAAGCUAUUCUCACUCUUGUGCUUGAGAAUUUGAGCUCGCUGAUCCAAAACCAAAUUGGAUCCGUCUUGGGCGUCGAGAAAGAGAUGGAAAAGAUGUCUAGCAUGCUCUCAAUCAUUUGUGCUGUGAUUGAAGAUGCCGAGGAGAGACAACUCACAGAUCGUUCUAUCAAGAAUUGGCUGCAGAAGUUGGAGGAUGUUUCCUCUGAGUUGGAGGAUGUUUUGGAUGACUGUGAAGCGGAGGCCUUUCGAUUGGAGGAGAAUCUUGAGCAAAACCAUCAAUGGGUUCGUAAGGUACGAUCUUCUUUAUCUUAUUCCAGUCCUAAGCAUAUUUACUUUCGUCACACUAUUGCUAGAAAGAUGAAAGAGAUUGGAGAUAGAUUGGAUCAGAUCGGAAAUGAGCGUGUGAAUUUUCACUUGCGAGAGUUUGCGGUUGGGGAGAGACGACGCCAGAUUAGAGAAAGUCGUCAGACUGGUUCUGUUAUUUCUCAACCACAUGUGUAUGGAAGAGAAGAGGACAAGGAGAGAGCUGUUGGGUUUCUGAUUAAUGAUGCUGUCAAUUGCAGUGGCACUUCUGUGUACUGUAUUGUUGGUCUAGGGGGCAUGGGAAAGACGACUCUUGCUCAAUGGGUCUUCAAUGAUGAGAGGGUCAGUAAUCAUUUUGAGCUGAGGAUGUGGGUUUGUGUUUCUGAAGAAUUCGAUGUGCGUAGAUUGAUCAAAGCGAUUAUAGAAUCCGGAACCGGAAAAGCUUGUGAAGCGUUGGAGAUGGAUCCUUUGCAGAAACAACUUCAGAACAUGCUCCGAAGAAAGAGAUUCCUGAUCGUUUUGGAUGAUGUGUGGAAUGAAGAUCAUGAGGAAUGGGACAAGUUGAGGUACGUAAUGGAGUGUGGAUCAAAUGGUGCUUCGGUUGUUGUCACUACUCGUCUAAAAAAGGUUGCAUCUAUUAUGGGAACGGUUGCAAUGCAUGGCUUGACUGGUUUAUCAGACGAUGACUGUUGGUUGUUAUUCAAGCAACGUGCGUUUGGGAGCCAACGAGAAGAGCAGCCUAACCUUAUCGAAAUUGGAAAGGAGAUAGUGAAGAAGUGCAAGGGAGUUCCACUAGCAGCAAAGGCUUUGGGAGGCUUAAUGUGUUUCAAAAGUGAAGAGGAGGAGUGGCUCUCUGUUAUGCGCAGUGAGCUUUGGAAUUUACCUGAGGACAAAACUUCCAUCUUGCCUGCUUUGAGAUUAAGCUACCUUCAUCUUCCAGUAGAGCACAGACGAUGCUUCUCUUACUGUGCUAUAUUUCCAAAGGAUUAUAGAAUAAUAAAGACACAAUUAAUUUAUCUUUGGAUGGCAAAUGGGUUGAUUUCUUCUAAACCGGAACUUGAGGUGGAAGACGUUGGAAAUGAGAUAUUUAGUGAAUUGUAUUGGAGAUCUUUUUUUCAGGACGUGGAGGAUGAUUUUCGUAAUGAUUAUUUUUAUAAGAUUCAUGAUUUAUUUCAUGAUCUUGCUCAAUCCAUAAUGGGUGAUAAAUGUCGUACUAUGGAGGUUAAUGAUGAUACUCUUGCUAUCAACUUGCCAAAAAGAGUUCGUCACUUGUCGUGUACUUCUUCUAGUCAAUUUAGGAGAACUGUUAACAUACCAAGUACUCAAUCCUUAAGGACAUUCAUGGUAUUAACAUAUCCAUCAAAAAGUUACUCAACAGUACAAUAUGAUAAUAUUAGGAAUUUGCACUCAUUACGAGUGUUUGAUGGUGGGUAUGGUACUCCUCAUUUAUCAUCAUUGGUGAGUAACUUGAAACAUUUACGCUAUUUGAAUCUCUCACGUAGUACUAUUGAAGUCCUCCCAGAUUCCAUUUGUUUGCUACACCAUUUGUUGGCUUUAGACCUCACCUGUUGUCGUAAUCUUCAGAAGCUUCCCAAACAGAUGAUUCGCUUAAAAGGUCUCCGCCAUCUUUACAUCGAAGGUUGCGACAAAUUAUCACAUCUACCUCCAUAUAUUGGGCAACUAACUUGCUUAAAGACUUUGACUAAUUUCAUUGUGGAUAGGAGAAAAGGUUGUCAGUUGGAUGAAUUGAACCACUUGGACAUAGAAGGUUCUCUACAAAUCAGCAACCUAAAAAAAGUGAAAAACCCAGCCGAAGCUAGAUUUGCAAAUCUAUCCCAAAAAAAAAACCUCAAACGAUUGGAUUUAUCUUGGCAUAGCAAUGAAAAUGAAUCUGAGGAAAAUGCAAAACACGUACUUGAUGCUCUUGCUCCUUCCACAGAAUUGAGAUGGUUAAACAUUAGCAAUUACAAUGGUACCCAUUUCCCACACUGGUUCGGGAAACUAACAUCUCUUCAAGAUCUUCAUAUAUCUGGAAUGAAGUUAGUGCAGUACAUUGACAAUGAUAUCUGUCAUGGAGACUUAAGAAGAAGCUUUGGAUGCUUAGAACGUCUUUUUAUUAGAAAUUUACCAAAUUUGGAAGGAUUUUCAAGGCAAGAAGUUGGUAAUGAAAUGUUUAGAUGUUUGUCUACACUGGACGUUGUUAAAUGCCCAAAAUUGACCUUACCUAAACUAGGAUCGGUUAAAUCUUUGGACGUGCGAAAUGUUGGGCAACAUGUUCUAAAAUCCAUCUCUAAUCUCCACGGUCUUACUCGACUUCACAUCAAUGGUGAUGACAACAUCCAAGAGUUGCCGAUUGAUUUCCUCACUGGCCUUGGCACAUUAGAGCAUUUAAAUUUAAGCAAUUUUCCUGAACUUAAGUGCUUACCGGAGGGAAUGUUUCGAGAUUGUUCAUCGCUUAAAAGUAUCUGCAUUAAUAGUUUCACAAAGAUCCAAGAGUUGCCAAUUGAUUUCCUCAAUGGCCUUAACACAUUAGAGCAUUUAGAAAUCAGUAAUUUUGAACUCAAGUGCUUACCAGAGGGAAUGUUUCGAGAUUGUUCUUCGCUUAAAAGCAUCAAGAUUAUUAGUUGUAAAAAGAUACAAGCUUUACCUGAAAGUUUUAGGGAUCUUACCGUGCUUGAGUCUAUGAAACUUGUUGAGUGUCCCGUGCUGAAGGGCUUUCCAAGUGGUCUUAAUCAACUCAUAUCUCAACGAACUCUGUACAUGUCAGGGAUUACCAUAAAUUGGUCUAGCAGGGCUGGUUAUAGUUAUAGCCAUUGUGCUUCUCAUAAGUUGGUUGUUCUACCCGAGGCCUUGCAGCACCUCUCCUCACUUGAAUAUUUGAACAUAUCUUUUUUCUUGGAGCUUGCAACGCUGCCCGAUUGGCUUGAAAAUCUUAGAGUUCUUAAAGAAUUAUAUAUAAAAGGCUGCCCAGACUUGGAAUCUUUACCAAUGAGCAUGCAAAGGCUCACCAACCUAAAGAAAUUGUCUAUUCAAAAUUGCCCAAAAUUAGAGAAGCGAUGUGAGAAGGGAAAAGGGGAAGAUUGGCACAAGAUAUCUCAUAUUCCAGAUGUGUACGUAUCUCAUUUUGAUGACGGGAACAAUAUGAAUGAUAUUUGGUAGUACCAAAAUGAACAUGAAUCCGGUCGUUGGCUCAAUUAGCAUUUAGAAAUCUGCUAUUUUCCUGAACUCAAGUGCUUACCGGAGGGAAUGUUUCGAGAUUGUUCAUCGCUUAAAAGUAUCAAACUUAAUGGUCUCACAAAGAUUCAAGAGUUGCCGACCGAUUUCCUCACCGGCCUUGGCACAUUACAACAUUUAGAAAUCCGCUAUCUUCCAGAACUCAAGUGCUUACCGGAGGGAAUGUUCCGAGAUUGUUCCUUGCUUAAAAGUAUCAACAUUAAUGGUUUCACAGAUAUCCAAGAGAUUCACAAGUAUCAAAUUUAUGCAUUAGAAGGAGAUGAUUGAUCUUCGGAAGUAGGAGGUGAGACAUGAAGAGAGAAAAAGAAAGAUAUGGAAAACAAAAAAAAAGAAUUGGAUAAAGGAAAGAGAUCACCGCAAGAUCUUGAAGAUGAUGUAGAAGGAAAAGAACCGGAGCCGGAGAAGAAAAACAAAAAAAAACAAUCCAGUAGAAAAGUGAAACAGAGGAAGAGAAGAGCGCGUCGUUGCCGGAGAAGACGACGGAGAACGAUGGCCGGAG